AUUUUCAUGUGUAGACAUUUUAAAUGCUGGAAUGAAACAAUCUGGAGUAUUUUAUUUACAAAUUCGCGGUACAACAUAUUGGUUCUUAAAGGUGUAUUGUGAUCAAGAAACCACCGAUGGAGGAUGGACGGUGAUUCAAAAGCGCGAUGAUUUUGGAGAUCCUCGGGAAAACUUUAACAGAGAUUGGGCAGAUUAUAAAAACGGAUUUGGUGAGCCCGGCAAAGACUUUUGGCUUGGGAAUGAGAACAUAUAUAUGUUGACAAAUAACGAGGAAUAUUCAUUACGAGUAGAACUUGAAGAUUUUGAAGGAAACAAACGUUAUGCCCAGUAUUCACAUUUUAAAGUACACUCAGAGGCAGAUUAUUAUAAACUUGAAAUAGACGGAUAUGAAGGCAAUGCUGGAGAUUCGUUAAAUGACCCUUGGUAUGGAUCAAACAAUAGUCCAUUUUCGACCUACAAUAAAGACAAUGAUCGAAGCUCGCUUAACUGUGCAAGCAUGUUAAAGGGUGGCUGGUGGUGGAAAUCCUGUGGACGCGGUCUGAAUGGUCUUUAUCUUCAUGAUCCCCAAGACUUAACGGCUCGGCAAGGAAUUGUAUGGUUUCGUUGGAGGGGUUGGGAUUACACAUUAAAAAAGUCCACAAUGAUGAUUCGCCCUAAGGCACCAUAACAACAUAUAUUGUCUGGAAUGUCAAAUUUAUAAAUUGUUGUUACUUUUUUAUAUUUAAAUUUAAAGGCAUGAUUAAUAUAUA